GGCAUAGAAGAACACAAUCUUUUAGCGGGACAUCUCGCCAUGUACACCAAUAAUUUUAAUUUAGCUCAGGAUUUAUAUCUGGCCUCUUCUUCUCCCACUGCCGCGCUUGAGAUGAGGAGAGAUUUGCAACAGUGGGACAGUGCUCUUCAGCUAGCUAAACGUUUGGCACCGGAUCAGAUCCCCUUCAUAUCCAAGGAGUAUGCUGUGCAGCUGGAAUUCACGAGUGAUUACGUGAAUGCUUUGGCCCAUUAUGAAAAAGGAAUCACAGGCAACAAUAAGUUCCAAGAACACGAUGAGGCCUGCCUGGCCGGAGUCGCGCAGAUGGCAAUUCGCAUGGGAGACAUACGGCGUGGCGUUAACCAAGCCAUCAAGCAUCCUAGCCGAACGUUAAAAAAAGACUGCGGAGCUAUUCUGGAGAGCAUGAAACAAUUUUCAGAAGCUGCCCAGCUUUAUGAAAAAGGACAAUAUUUCGACAAAGCAGCUUCAGUAUACAUACGAUGUAAAAACUGGACCAAAGUUGGUGAGCUGCUUCAGCAUGUGUCUUCUCCAAAAAUACACCUUCAGUAUGCCAAAGCAAAGGAAGCAGAUGGCAGGUACUCCUUCCUAGAAUACAAAGAAGCUGUUUUGGCCUACGAAAAUGCUAAGCAGUGGGACAACGUGAUCCGGUUGUAUUUGGAUCACCUGAACGAUCCAGAAAAGGCUGUGAGCAUCGUCCGGGAAACCCAGUCUCUGGAAGGAGCCAAGAUGGUAGCCAGAUUCUUUCUGCAGCUGGGUGAUUACGAGUCUGCCAUCCAGUUUUUAGUGAUGUCCAAGUGUAACAACGAAGCUUUCGUCCUGGCUCAGCAGCACAAUAAGAUGGAGCUCUAUGCUGACAUCAUCAGUUCUGAGGAAACCACGAACGACGAUUUCCAAAGCAUCGCCUUAUAUUUUGAGGGAGAAAAGAAGCAUUUUCAGGCUGGCAAAUUCUUCCUACUCUGUGGUCAAUAUUCCAGGGCACUGAAGCACUUUCUGAAAAGUCCAAACACAGAUGAUAAUAUGGCCAUAGACAUGGCAAUUGACACGGUGGGCCAAGCAAAGGAUGAAGCCCUGACCGACCAGCUGAUCAAUUACCUUAUGGGCGAGAACGAUGGUAUACCAAAGGAAGCCAAAUAUCUCUUUCGACUCUACAUGGCAUUAAAGCAAUACCGGGAAGCGGCUCGGACAGCAAUCAUCAUCGCUCGAGAAGAACAGUGCGCAGAAUGUGCCUAG